GCUUCAUAGAUGUGAAUGGUAGAAAGCUUGCAUUUCUAAGGUUGGUUUCCUGGUAGAAAAUGAGUACCUGAUCAGGGUAACCAUACCAAAGGUAACAGCCAUGGCCAAAAAUACCACUUUGUUGCUUCAGAAAUUGCGUGGAUUUAUGCAAAGUACUAAGUAUGGAGGUCCAAUACAAGCCUAUAUCAUCCCAUCAUGUGAUUCUCAUCAGAAUGAAUAUUUAGCAGAAUGUGACUGCAGGCGACCAUUCAUUACUGGCUUUACUGGAUCAAGUGGUACUGCUAUUGUGACAGAGCAUGAAGCAGCAAUGUGGACUGAUGGUAGAUACUUCCUGCAGGCAGCCAAACAAAUGGAUCAAAACUGGACACUCAUGAAACUUGGUAUGCCUAAGACUCCAACUCAGGAAAAUUGGCUGACAGAGGUUUUACCUCCAGGAUCCAAAGUUGGAGUUGACCCAUUUCUCUUCAGAUGGGAAUCUUGGAAGUCCUUUUCAAGUACCUUAGAGACGGCUGGUCACUCACUUGUACCUGUCCAACCAAACUUAAUUGAUCUAGUCUGGGGUGAAGACAGGCCACCUCCACCACAGGCAGAGGUCAAAGUUCAUAGUCUUCGCUAUGCAGGUCAAAGUUCUGCAGACAAAGUUGCUCAGCUUAGGAGCAAGAUGGAAGAGGUCCAUGUCCAGAAUCUGAUCCUGACUGCUCUUGAUGAAAUAGCAUGGUUGUUCAAUCUACGUGGUUCAGAUAUAGUAUACAACCCUGUGUUCUUUGCAUAUGCUGUGCUUACUCAAGAUGAUGUGCAUUUGUUUGUAGAUGAGAGUAAACUAGAAUCAGGAGUACAGAGUCAUAUCAACCAGGGAAUGGAAGUCACUCUACAUCCAUACAAUGAUAUCCAACAGUUUAUAGCAGACAUGUUUGCUGACAAUGGAGCCAAGACAUGGAUCAGUCCAAACUCAAGCUAUGCAUUAACGAACAUUGUUCCAAAGCAACAUCAGUACAUUCAUAACAGCCCCAUAUGGCAAAGCAAAGCAAUAAAGAAUGAUGUAGAAAUAGAGGGUAUGCGACAAGCACAUAUACGAGAUGCUGUAGCCCUUUGUGAAUACUUCAACUGGCUGGAACAUGAGAUCCCAAAAAGUUACCUAAAUGAAGUGACAGCCGCUGAUAAGCUUGAAAGUCUCAGAAGUGAGCAAGAAGAUUAUGUGUCACUGAGUUUUUCUACUAUCUCUUCCAUGGGUCCUAAUGGUGCUGUUAUUCACUAUAAACCUGAACUCCCUACUGCACUUCCCCUCAACACACAAGAGAUCUACCUCUGUGACUCGGGUGGACAGUAUAGAGAUGGGACAACUGAUGUUACAAGAACAUUUCAUUUUGGAACUCCUACUCAACAUCAAAAGGAAUGUUUUACAAGAGUUUUAAAAGGUGUCAUCUCCUUAGCAACAGCAGUCUUCCCAGAAGGAACACGAGGAGUUUUGCUAGACUCGUUUGCCAGACAGCAUCUAUGGGAGAUAGGCCUGGACUACAUGCAUGGAACAGGACAUGGAAUAGGCUCAUAUCUUAAUGUCCAUGAACCUCCGCAUCUCAUAAGCUACAAGGUUGCACCAGGGACAGAGGCACCGCUUGAAGCUGGCAUCUUCAUGUCAGAUGAACCUGGCUAUUAUGAAGAUGGAUCAUUUGGUAUCAGAAUAGAGAACAUUGUGGUAGUUGUUCCAGCUAAUACAAAGCAUUCUUUCAAUGGCAAGAAAUUUCUGACUUUUGAAACGGUAACCCUUGUUCCAAUUCAACUCAAAAUGAUUGAUCCGUCGCUGCUGACAGAAAAAGAGAUAAAGUGGGUGAAUGAUUAUCACAGCCGUUGCCAAGAUAUUGUUGGGGCAGAACUUGGAAGACAAGGCCGAGAAGAAGCGCUGAAAUGGUUAAUGAGAGAAACCCAACAGAUUGGAUGAAGAUGAAACUUCAUAUAUCUAGAGGAUAUUGCAAGAAACUCUGCUGCUGCAGUCAAUUGCAAAUUUAGAAUGUCAAUAUGUAAUUGAUAUGAUCAUGUUUAAACUUAAGCAAAUCUAUUGAAAGAAACAGACCAGGGACCCAUUGCACAAAAGUUGUUAUUAUAGUAACUCUGACAUCCAGUGGUAACUGCCAUGGUAAUCAGCCAAUCAGAAUCAAGGAUUUCAGGGAAGUUUCUAUUGGAUGGCUAAGUUACUAUAAUAGUAACUUUUAUGCAACAAGGCCCAGCAAUCAAUUCUAAAAUUUGCAACUGAUUGCAAGAUUUAUGAACAAUUUGAGGACCGUGAAUUGACUUUUGAUUGAUUUCAAGUUUCUUACAAUGUCUUGAUAGUUUCAUAGGAGAAAUACUAUGGCCUGUAUUCUGAAGUCAGGUUUAACUUAGACCAUGGUCUAACUCUGUGCUAAAAUUAUGGGGAGCCAAAAAUUCUGUUUGUAUUGUAUAUUUCUUAUGUUUACUAUUUUGUUUCCUUUUGCUUUAAUAAUGAAGAAUAAUACUUCAGUUAUCAUUCCCAAACAAUUACAAACAAUUUGGGUGUCAUAUCAGUUAAUAAAUUGAAUAUGUAUUGUAAGGGAUUUAUGCUCCAAUUGGCUCUCCAUAGUUAAACCACAACUUUAUAACAGGGUUUAAUUUAAAACCGACUUCAGAAUACGGGCCUAUUAGUAUAAGCCUUGUUUGCAUUUGCCUUAGCUUAGCUUGGCUUAGCUUAGCCAAUCUUAUCUUAGUCUUAUAUGGUUGUUUUUACUUAGACUUGGCUGCCACAUUUCAACCUAUUUUCAGCCAUAGGAGUACCCUUUUUGUACCAAAGUGUCCUAAUUUUCCUUCCUUCAUGUGGCAUGCAUAUAAUGCUUCAAUACAGAAUGCAAUGGGUAAAUGGUUUAUUACAUUUAUAUCACUCACAUCUGAUUCCUCUCUGAUGAAAUAGUACAAGGGGUAUAUUAUUAAUAGCAUUUAUUAUAGUGAAUAAAGUCACUACAAACGUCAAAAGCUGCUUAAAUCCUUGCAUAUAAAUCUGAUGGCAAGUUAGUCAACAAAAUUAUGCAUUUGUCUAUGUGAUGCAGUUCUUAUGAAAUGGGACCAGGGUAUGAAUAAUAUUCAUACAUGAAUUUGUUUUGUAAUGGUGUGCAAUGUUUUACAUGCCAUUUUUCCUGAUUUUUGUCCAGAUUAUUGAAAAUAAUAAUAGCAAAAGUCUAUUUAUGAAUAGUAUUAAAUUGAUAAUCAAAUCAACCAUUUAUUAAUGUAUUCAGGGAUGAUUUUAUUUUGGUUAUCUUUCAACAUGGCCACUUACAUGUCUGUACAUCUAGUACAUAUUUCUUUUCUAGACAUUCAAUAUAUUUUCACAUACUGUUGUAGAGGCUUACAUAUAGGUAAUUACACCUAGGUUUUUAUGAUUUUACAUAUUUUUUCUGUGUCCUUUUAUUAUCAUAUUCUAGCGACAGGAAAUGUAUAAGAAAUGCAAUAAUAUUUUUGAAAUACUUUGUAUCAAUUUAUUAUUAUUUCAUAGUAAUAUUUAAAAGAUACUUCUCAUUCCAUGUUUGUAUGAAAAUUAUUUAGUAUGCGAGAUCAAUUUUAUGAUAUGGACUCAUAUAUGAUAGCCCUUUUUUUCAUGACUGCUAUCUGUAAAUCCCUACUAAAGCACAAUUGUCUUGUGGAGUAUCUAGAAUUGUAGUAUUUGGAUAACCAAGCUUUUCAAGGAAUAGGUACAAAUAUUGGCACUCACCGUAAAAAAAUGUGAGACCUAUCUUUUUUAUAAGACCAAUAUUUUUUUUCAUAGCUCAUCAAAUAUUUUCACAAAUUGCACUAAAAAUCAUGGAUCAUUGAUUAUAAUUGAAUUGUCACUUACACAGUGGAUAGGGUUUAGGCUAUAUGAUUAUUUUAGAUUUUGAUUUUCAAAAUAAAUGCUGAUACGUACAUGCCAUCUUUCUCAGUUUACUUAAUGACUGUGUUCCAUUAUCCUUGCCAGAGAUAUUUGAACAGAAAUUAUUCACACUUUCCAAAAAGUUUUAUACUAAUACUUUAUUACAUGUACCUGAACAGAAGAUAUCUAUACCUUCAUUCAAAUGAGUUGAAUCUUUGUUAUUAUGUAUUACAUGUAUUUCUUCACCAUUGUUUCUGUAUGUAAUGUUUUGAUUUUAUUUCAAAUCUCAUGCUUUUGUUGAAUUAAAGAUAUUUUUGGAUAAUUUAGACAAUCCAACAUUGAUAUUUCCUAGCUGUUUUUCUGACAGUUUAAUAAAAAGAUAUUAAUUAUAAACCAGAGGGAUGUGAUCUUAUCAAGUAGAUUGCAAUUAUUUUAUUACAUUAAGUUUAAUAUGGCAACAAUUUCCCCAUCAUACAUGUACAAGACAGAUGGAUGAUUAGAACAAAUUUUAGACUGAUGUAAAAUAUUGGUGACGUGACAUUUGCAACAUUUGCUCCAGUCUUAAUAUUUCAGAGGGCAUAUGGUUAGAGUUACAGCUGUAAUAGAGUUUUUAGAUCAGAAUAUUGUAAAGAUAAGGAUUAGGGUUUAUUUAGUGUUGGAGGAUAGAAUUUAUGUUUGGCUUAAUGUGCAGAUUUUCCACCGAAGCAAUUGUACGCUGGAGCAAAUGUCAUGGAACCAAAAUAAUAUACUGAAAGAUUGGGACACUUCUUUCUGGGGGAAUACUAGAGUAUGGAUUUCUGUGUACCGGGAAUACAAAUUGAAUUCACUUUUAAUAACCCUCAAGGGGGUUUCACACCGGCAUCUGCGUAGAGUUGCGUAUGGAGUUUGCCAAAAUUUGCUGCCUACUCAUAACAAAAAACAAACAAUGGAUCAGCGUAGUCCCAGCGAAGUCCCUGCGUAGGGUUGCGUUACUUGUCUACGUACACUUACGUAGUAAUGCCUUAAUUGCGUACGGAUUCAAUAUCGCAGCAGUGCCGACUUUGAAAACAACUACUGAAUUAAUGAUAAUAAAUUACAAUGAUGACCUUUGACCUUGAUCAUGUGACCUAAGACUUGGACAAGACGAUCAGUGUUAUGUCCAUAUUUCAUGAACUAUAUCCAUAAACUUUCGUUUCAAACUUAUGAUGGCAAUUCAACAAAUAGCCCCAACAUGGCCAGUUCAUUGAUUUUAAAUGACCUUUGACCUUGGUUAUAAGACCUGAAACUCACGCAGGAUGUUUACUGAUAUUUAAUCGCCCAAGUUCCAUGAACUAUGUCAAGAUACUUUCUAAGUUAUGAUGACAUUUCAAAAUCUCAACCUUGGUUAAGACUUCUAUGUUGACGACGCUGCGCCACCGCCACCAUCGGAAAAGCGACGCUCUGCUAUGCAGGCAAGACAAAAACUGAUAAGAAACAGUAGGGUCCAGCAUGAGUAUGCCAAAUUUAAAGGGGGUACUCCAGGCUGACAAUAAUAGAGACAAAUAAAGAACAAGAGUGUCGCUAAGGCGAGCAUAUAAUACGCCAGUCUGUAACGCAGAAAAUGGAGUUAUUGGUCAAGCAAGAAAAGUGGAAGAUGGCAACUUCAACUUUGACCUUCUGACCUCACAAUCAAUAAGCUUCCUGGAAUCCAUGCUAGUAUCAUACACACCAAAUUAUAUGAGCCUAGGUUAAGUUAAACUGAAGUUAUCGCGUUUACAAAGACUUCAGAAGGGUAAGAUGAAAACAUGUCACUGUGACCUUGACCUUUGGACCUCAAAAUCAAUAGGCUUCCUGGGAUCGAUGCUAGUAUCUUAAGCACCAAACUAUACGAGCCUAGGUCAAGUUAUACUGAAGUUAUCGCGUUAACAAGGACUGCAGAAGGGUAAGAUGAAAACAUGUCACUGUGACUGUGACCUUUGACCUCAAAUUCAAUAGGCUUCCUGGGAUCUAUGCUAGUAUCAUACACACCAAAUUAUAUGAGCCUAGGUUAAGUCAAACUGAAGUUAUCGCGUUUACAAAGUAAAGCUUGGACACCGAGCGUGAUAUAAUAUGUCCCGUCUAGGACGGGCGUAUAAAAAUGAGAAAAUCAAAACUGAAAAUUUGAUCAAAAUCAGACAAGGAAUAACAAAGUUAUGACAUUUUGAUUAUUUGCAUUAUAAUAUUAUGGUAAUGCAGUUCUAUGCAUGUAUUCAUGAAUAUUCAAUAAGAGAAUUGAUGGUAUCAUGUCUCUACUUUUUUAAAAUUAUAUUAUAUUAAAUUAGGUUUAUUCAAAUUUUGUCCUCCAAGAAUUGAAAAGAAAUUAUUGGU